GAAUGAGGAAGCUGAAUUUUAAACGGUUUGUUCUUUUGUUUUGCAGUUGACAGGUAGAUCACGUGAGUUAUGUAGACAACCUUAGAACAACAUGUGAUCUGAUACAACUCCCAUUAGAUCGCUGUGAAUAAGAGACAGCGGCAGCACAAUGCAUCACUGGGGUGUUUUAUCCCUUUUUUUACUCUCGAUUGGCACCUGUGUUUGUCAAUACAAGCCUACUUGGGAAUCAGUUGAUUCAAGACCUAUACCGGAAUGGUUCGAUCAAGCUAAAUUCGGCAUUUUCAUUCACUGGGGAGUGUUUUCAGUUCCCAGCUAUGGCAGUGAAUGGUUCUGGUGGUACUGGCAGGGCCGGAAAUUCCCGUCUUAUGUGAACUUUAUGGAGCAGAAUUAUCCACCUGGCUUCACCUACGCAGACUUUGCAUCCCAGUUCCACGCUGAAUUCUUUGAUCCUGUAGAGUGGGUUGACAUUUUUGCCUCGUCUGGAGCCAAAUAUAUUGUGCUCACAACCAAACACCAUGAAGGCUUUACAAUGUGGGACUCAAAGUACUCGUGGAACUGGAACGCCAUGGCGGUUGGGCCGAAGCGGGAUCUGGUGGAUGAGAUCGCCACUGCUUUGCGGAAACACAGUGAUUUGCGUCUGGGGCUUUACCACUCCUUGUUUGAGUGGUUUAACCCUCUGUACAGAGCCGAUGCUAACAACUUGUACAAAACGAAUGUGUUCCCUACUACCAAGACCCUGCCAGAGAUGUACGAGUUAAUCUACAAGUUCAAGCCUGAAUUACUGUGGUCUGAUGGUGACGGAGAUGCGCCUGACACAUACUGGAACAGCACAGGGUUCCUCGCCUGGCUCUAUAACGAGAGCCCUGUACGUGACACUGUUGUGACCAAUGACCGUUGGGGAUAUGGCAGCAUAUGUAAACAUGGUGGAUAUUACACCUGUUCGGAUCGGUACAACCCAGGACACCUGGUGAAGCACAAGUGGGAGAACUGCUUGUCCAUUGACCAGAAGUCAUGGGGCUACAGGAGAGAGGCCAAACUCAGUGAUUACCUCACCACCGAACAAGUGAUACAAAGUCUCGUGGAGACGGUGUCCUGCGGGGGGAAUCUGCUGUUGAACGUUGGCCCCACACAUGACGGCCGCAUCGUGCCCAUAUUUGAGGAGCGUCUGCGACAGAUUGGUCAGUGGCUUAAGGUGAACGGAGAAGCCAUUUACAACAGCAGCGCAUGGAGAGUUCAGAACGACACUGUCACUCCUGGAGUUUGGUAUACAUGGAAUCCGAAGGAGAACGCAAUCUAUGCUAUUUUUCUUUCAUGGCCCUCUGAUGGGGACAUUGUUUUGAACGACCCCAUUGUGUCAGCGUCCAAGACUCAGGUGGUGCUGCUUGGCUAUAAGUCCGUCUCAUGGCAGUCCAUGAGUCCCACAGGUCUGAAGGUCCAUCUGCCCCAGGUGGACCCCAGUCAGAUGCCCUGCUCCUGGGCUUGGACACUGCGACUGACUGGUGCGAUGUAGCCUGAGGAUAGCGGCACUGUUAGUUCCUGCUUUUUGGACUAAUGAAGCCAAAGACUGAAGACACUGUUUUCUCCCAACUUUUACAUUUAAAUAAUAAUCAUACAAAAAUAAUCUUUAUGAUGUUUUUUUAUAAUUUUUGUUUCAUACUAGUGUAUCCUAGUAGGGACUCAACGUGGUGUGGUGCUGUUGCUUUGCUAAGUGAUCAGAUGAUCUUAUUUUUUCCAUGUACACAAAGUUUUUUUUUUCAAGAAAUGAAUUAAUCAAAAGUGACAGUAAAGACAAUUAUAAUGUUAUAAAAGUUUUUAAUUAGGAUUAAAUAAAAAAAUAUUUAUGUGAAAUGUUAAUAUGUUUUCCCUCAACUUUUACAUUUAAAUAAUAAUCAUGCAGUGAUUAAGUGCUGUUGCUUUGCUAAGUGAUCAGACAUUUUUGCAUGGAAGAUGAGUGAAAAAACCCCUAAGCCUAGAAAGCAGAAGAUCAUGGAGAUGUGAUGGUGGACUAUUGGUGGACAACCACAUAGGGACACACUUAUCUCUCUGAACACCUUAGCAACCAUAUAGUGACCAUAUGAAUUUUUAAUAACCUGUGUGUGUUACUUCAAGAGGGCUACCAUUUUCAUUUUUGUUAUCAUUUGAUUUAUCAUAUUAAUAAAAUUUGAUUUACAUAAUUUGAUAAUUAUUCAUUAUUCAUUUAUUUCAUUUGCUAUUAUUUGUUACUUCCUUUCUAUUGUUGUUUAAUCUUAUGAUUGUGGGGUUUUAUAGAAUGUGGAAUGUUUGUCUUCACAAAUAAGAGGAGAGAAAUAUCAAAAUUUCACUUUGGUAUAUGAUUUGGCCUUGUUGUACGGUCAUUGUGCAGGUCAGAUGAAGUCUGAAUGGUGACUUUAUAUAUAGGGCUAAUCGUUUUGUAAGAAAAAGGGAUCUAUGAAUUAACUACAGUAAAUAAAAAAAUGAAAAGGU